UUAAAGAAGAGACAAUUUCUCUUAAUGACAUUUCUUUUGUCUUAUUCACUUGCUCGAUGUCAAUGAAGUUUGAUGUGGCUGAUUGUAUAUUUCCAGAACCAUACCAACCUUUUAGUACACCAUGUUCAGUUCCUAUACGGUUAAGGUCAUUUUUCUGAUCGGUUUUCUUACGUUUGGCGCACCAAAAAUACUGCAGAGCGAUAACGGUAGGGAAUUUGUUAAUUCUAUUAUAAUUGAAUUGAAAGAACUUUGGCCAGAUUGCGUUAUUGUUCACGGUCGACCUAGACACCCGCAGAGCCAGGGAAGUAUUGAGAGAAGCAACCAGGACAUAGAAAAUAUGUUAAGAGCUUGGAUGAAAGGUAAUAAAACAAAGAAAUGGUCAAUUGGACUACAAUUUGUUCAAUUUCAAAAAAAUAGUUCUCAUCAUCGUGUGAUUGGUAGGUCAUCGUAUAAGGCUUUAUUUGGGAAUGAUCCAAAAGUUGGAUUAGCAACAUCCAGUUUACUAAUAGAAAUUUUACAAAUAUUGGUAACGGAAGAAGACUUAGAAGAAAUCUACAAAGAAGAUAUUCAAAGUGAGAUCGAAAAAAUAACUGUUCAAUGUAAUGUUUGCGGAACAGAAUGUCAUAUGGAAACGGACUCCGCCGAAGCAAUUUUAUGUAAUUUAUGUGAGAAGAAUAUGAAAAUUAAGGAAGCACGUCAUUUAGGAGCUAUAGAAAUAGAAAAGCAAGCCGAAAAAAUGUUACAAGAUAAUAAGAUCAAAAUACCAACAUUUAAAGUUGGAGACUGUAUUGUAAUCCCGGUUCCGAAAGUAGAUAGAGGUCCUACAAACCCAGCUAACAUUAUUGCCGUAGUGAUCGAUCAGAAAAAUGACCUUAACCGUAUAGGAACUGAACAUGGUGUACUAAAAGGUUGGUAUGGUUCUGGAAAUAUACAAUCAGCCACAUCAAACUUCAUUGACAUCGAGCAAGUGAAUAAGACAAAAGAAAUGUCAUUAAGAGAAAUUGUCUCUUCUUUAACUGGAGGUCAAGGUUUUUUUAGUUGUUAUUGUAAAGGCAAAUGUUAA